AUGAAAUCCGCUUGUCUCGUCGCUAAACAGACGCCUUUCGUCGUUUCUCCCGCUUCUGACCAGAAUACGAUGGAUACUCGUAUGCAGGAAGAGGACAGUCAAGCUGUCCUGUGGAGACCCUGGCUCGUGACCAGAAACGAUGCACAAAUCGGAUGCCGGAUAAGCAAGCUUCUUUGUCCUCACACCAUACCAGUACAGCCAAGUAACACCAUGGCAGAUGGCAAACAUCAGUCUUUCCAGCAUCCUGUAAGACUGUUCUGGCCAAAGUCCAAGUCGUACGACUACCUGUACAGUGACGGAGAGGCGCUUUUGAGAAACUUUCCUGUCCAGGCCACCAUCAGCUUCUACGACGAGUCCGACAGCGAGGAAGAGGAGGAUGUUGAUGAGUGCAUGGAAGAAGAGGAGAGCGAUGACGCAAACUGUUUCAAAUCCCGCUCUCACCUCACAAACUACAACUGAACCCCGUAGCAGCCUUCCCGGGAAAAAAAAAACGCUUUCGCUCCCGUCUGUCGGUCACGUCUCCAGUUCAGCGUUCUCGAUCAGACCAGGCCCAGUGUGCAUCCAGUGCCUCAGACCCAAGAGAUUGCUGAUCUAGGAUCAGUUCCUGUCGCUCCAUGUAACUGUAUUUAUUAAGAUUAUGAAAGGGAAACAGUCUGAUCCAAAAUCAGCUCUCUUGUACUGAGAAAUGUAAUAUGUGCGACCAUAGCGCACACUUCUUUAAAACACUCACCCUGCCUGCGUUUGUCCAUCUAAAUAACUACUGACUUUGGGCGCAACACGCCUAGGCUGUAUAGCCUGAUAUUUGGUCUGUUUCAUGUAGACGAACUGGGUGAUUGUGUCUGUCACUUCAGCUGUGUGAACUCAAUGCACGCUAAGCCACGGAAACAUCAUCUUUAAAGAGCUGCAAGGUUCGUUGUUAAUGGUUCCUGGUGGGAACAGGAUUAUUGUCCACAAAUCAAUCCCACGUUGGGAUAAUUACAGAG